AUGGAUCAAGCCAAGUUCAAAGAGUUUGACCAAAUCAGGAAGUCCUAUUUGCACUCUGUAAGUGUAUGUUAUAAUACGUGACUUUUAUUUGUAGAUUCAUGAGUUUAAUCGAAUCCAACGAUUGUUAAACGAUAUAAAAGAUUCGAAUCUUACGGAUGAACUUUUGAGUGAAGUUCCACAAGUUUCUAGUCAAGUGAUUGUCAAUAGGAAGUUGGAGUACCGAAUUGGAAUAAUGAAAAGGGUAAGAGAUUUGUCAAUGAAACAAGCUACUUUUAUUUUUAGGCUAUGGAAGAAGUGAAGGAAUUGGCGAAGAAAAGUAAGGUCGAUGAAAAGAAGGCUCCUGCUGUAAAAUACGUAAAAGUCAACGAUUUUAAGGACGCUGUGCUCGAGAAAUUGACAUCGGUGUUCUCUGAAGUUGUCGGAAACCUUUGGCCCGGAAACAAUUUCAACAUCACUUUGAGAGAAGCUUCCAAUCCGAAGUUUGGAGAUUAUCAAUUCGAUUCUGCUCCGAUGAUCGCCAACACCCUUAAGAUAAAGCCUGAUGAAGUCACGAGCAAGAUCAUAGAGCAUCUGCCACAAGUCAACCUUAUAAAGAGUGUUGAGAAAGCCAAAGUUUUUAUCAAUAUAUUUUUGAACAAGGAGACUGUUGGGAAGAAAGUGGCAUCCAUCUUUACAAAUGGAAUUUCUCUUCCUGAUUUGGAAAAGAAAAGGGUUGUAAUCGACUUUUCUUCGCCAAAUGUAGCCAAACAAAUGCAUGUUGGACAUUUGAGGUCGACAAUUAUUGGGGAAUCCUUCUCAAGAUUACUCGAAUAUGUUGGAUUUGAUGUGAGUGUAUAUAUAAGGAGCGUUCUUUCUACUCCAUUUCGGUCGCAGAAAACCGCGAUUUCAUGCUAUUUCCAUGUACAAAGUUUUUGUUGUUUCUCUAGUUUUAGACAAGAAUUUUGCAUUUCUUGUCUGGAGAGCCCACAGACAAGAAGUCGCGGGUUUCUGUGAUGAGGCCCGGAAUGAAGUUAUCUUACUUUUAUUUUUUAGGUAUUGAGACUUAAUCAUAUUGGAGACUGGGGAACUCAGUUUGGAAUGUUGAUUGCUCAUCUUCAGGAUAAAUUCCCCAAUUUCUCGAAAGAAACCCCACCACUUGAGGACCUUCAAGCCUUCUAUAAAGUAAGUUGUUAUGCCUGCUAUAAAAUAUAUUUUUUAGGAGUCAAAGAAACGGUUUGAUGAAGAUGAAGUGUUCAAGAAGCGUGCCUAUGAAUGUGUUGUGAAGUUACAAGCCAGGGUACCCGAAUUUGAGAGUGCCUGGAAACUGAUUUGCGAUGUCAGCCGUAAAGGUAACAGCUCGGUUACGAUAAAGGGUUUCUUUCAGAUUACACCAAGAUUUAUGAGCGUUUGGACGUUACUUUGCAAGAAAGAGGAGAGUCUUUCUACCAGGAUAAGAUGGUUUCUCUUGUUGAAGAUCUGGAAAAAGACGGCAAACUGAAAUUGGAGGAUGGAAGGAAACUAUUCUAUCCAAAAGAGGCCAACAUUCCCUUGACCAUUGUGAAGAGUGAUGGCGGAUUUACUUAUGAUACUUCCGACCUGGCUACGAUUAGACAACGAUUGUUUGAAGAAAAGGGGCAGUGGCUUCUAUAUGUGGUUGACAGAGGACAGGCCGAACAUUUUGAGGUGGGUUAUUCCUGCUGUUUGUUUAAUGACGUUAAUUCAGUCUGUUUACGCGGCAGCUAGAGAUCUUGGAUGGUAUGAUCCGAAAGAAAUCCGAGUGGAACACGUCCAAUUUGGGGUUGUUCUUGGCGAAGACAAGUAGGUUGGCGCAUUUUCUUACUGUUUAUUUGUCUAGAAAGAAGUUCAAAACUCGUUCUGGGGAUACUGUCAAGUUGUCUGAUUUGUUAGAUGAGGGCGUAAAAAGAGCCGAUGCCAAGCUGAAGGAGUUGAAGAGAGAUGCAGUGAUGUCUCCUCAAGAAUUAGAAGCAGCUCGAGAUGCCCUUGCUUAUGGAUGUAUCAGAUAUGCUGAUCUCUCUAAUGGCCGAACCAACGAUUACGUAUUCUCUUUCGAUCGGGUAUGUUUUGUUUCUUCUUUUAAUUGUGCCUUGGUUUACAAUUCUUUAUUUUAUGGAGCAUGUUUUAGAUGUUGAAAGACAAAGGAAACACCGCCGUUUACUUGCUGUAUGCUUAUGCCCGGAUCAGGUAAUAUUUAACCUUGUAGUUGUUACUGUGUAAACUUAGGUCGAUUGCUCGAGAAGCUAAGAUCACGAGAGCGUCUAUAACUGAAUACGUCAGCAGUCUCCCUGGCCAAGUUCUCCCACUCGAACAUGAAAGGGAAUUCAAGUUGGCCAAACAGUUGCUCAAAUUCUCGGACACUCUCUUACUGGUAUUGGAAUCUCUCCAACUUCACAAACUCUGUGAUUAUGUUUAUAAUCUGGCUACUGUUUUCCACGACUUUUACAAGGAUUGUUAUGUUAUUAACAAGAGUAAGACUGGAGAGGUCACUAUCCAUUAUCAUCGUCUGGUGCUUUGUGAAGUGACUGCCGACACCAUGGCGGCCUGUUUCAAGAUUCUGGGGAUCAGACCCAUUGAGAGAAUGUGA